AUGAGGCUCACAGGAAGAAUUUCAAGACCCUAUGAGCACCCAGAAGCUCUAAAGGGUUCUCUCGGGGGCUCUCAGAAGCCCCAAGACUCUAUCACAGGGCUCAGAGAUUAUCGAGGACCCCCAAAAGCUUCCGGAGGCUCAGAAGAGACUCUUAAUAAGCUCCCAGCGCACACACAAAAAAGAAACCUCCCACAGAUUCUUAGGACUCCACCACAGUGGGUCCAGGACUUCACCACAACAAGGCCAGGACUCCACCACAGCAGGGGCAAGACCCCACCACAGCAGGGGCAAGACUCCACCACAGCAGGACCCCAUCACAGCAGGACUCCACCACAGCAGGGGCAGGACUCCACCACAGCAGGGGCAGGACUCCACCACAGCAGGGCCAGGACACAGUUUGGCAGCGUCUUGGUGAUGGCUCAGGCCACAAAGAGCUCUACACCUAGCAGCUCUCAGACCACAAAGAGCUCUACACCUAGCAACUCUCAGGCCACAAAGAGCUCUACGCCUAGCAGCUCAGACCAAAGAGCUCUACGCCUAGCAGCUCUCAGACCACAAAGAGCUCUACGCCUAGCAGCCUCAGGCCACAAAGAGCUCUACACCUUGCAGCUCUCUAAACCUAGCAGCUCUCAGGCCACAAAGAGCUCUACACCUAGCAGCCUCAGGCCACAAAGAGCUCUACACCUAGCAGCUCUCAGGCCACAAAGAGCUCUACACCUAGCAGCUCUCAGGCCACAAAGAGCUCUACACCUAGCAGCUCUCAGGCCACAAAGAGCCUCUACACCUAGCAGCUCAGGACUAAAGAGCUUCUACAACCAGCAGCUCUCAGGCCACAAAGAGCUGUAUAAGAGAAAGUUUCAGAAGCACAAGAGACCGUGA